AUGAAAUCUGUUCCAUACGUAUGUUAUGGUAAUUGUUUGUACAUUGAGUCUAAAAUAGCUAAUGUCACAGGCAUUUCAGGAGUUAAUAGUAAAGGUUCAGUAGAAUAUAAAUCCUUCUGUUAUGCAGUCAAUUCAAUGUUCAUUCCAAACGUUCCUGUCAUAGCAACUCAUUUAGGUAAAUGGGUUCGCAUUAGUCCUCAUAAUUUGAAAGACAUGCAAUUCAGACUUGUUGACUUUCAAGGAGAGCCUGUAGAACUGAAGGCACCAGUGCGAAUGACUGUUGAAGUUGACUUUUUAGAAAAUAUUAAAUGCAACAGCUUACAAGAGAACUCAGAGCUAAAAAUAUAA